AUGGCAUCAACUUUGGUGAUCCUCGUUCUAUCAAUAGUAGCAUUGCGGCACUACCAUAUCGGAAUCACAAUGGCCCAGCUUGACAUCGGUGUGAACUACGGAAUGGUCGGCGACAAUCUCCCCUCUCCGGCGACGGUGGUCCAACUCUACAAGAGGUACAUCAUUGGAAAAAUGAGACUUUAUGACCCGAACCCCGACGUGCUCAAUGCACUUCGGGGCAGUGGAAUAGAUGUCACGCUAGGCAUAAAGAACCAAGACUUACCAUCCAUAGCAUCAAGUGCUGAUGCGGCUAAGACAUGGUUCGACACCAACGUGCAACCCUACGUAAGCGACAUCAAUUUUCAGUAUAUUACAGCCGGUAAUGAAGUCGUUCCCGGAGAUUUGGCUCAAUAUGUAUUACUGGCUAUGCAAAAUUUACAAACUACUAUAAGUAAUUAUAAAUAUACUGGACUGAGGGUGUCCACAGUAGUUGCGAGCAGUACCUUGGGGAGUUCAUACCCACCCUCGAGCGGUGUAUUCACCGACAUAGCUCGAGCCGACAUGAUUGGAAUCAUAAACUUCUUGUCGAGCACUAGCUCCCCAUUACUAGUUAAUGCGUAUCCCUAUUUUGCAUAUGCCUCAGAUCCAACUAACGUGAGAUUAGAUUAUGCUCAAUUCACUGCGCCCGGUCCAGUGGUUCAGGAUGGCAACUUGAGUUACUCGAACUUGCUCGACGCGAUUGUGGAUGCUUUCUACUGGGCGAUGGAGAAGGAAGGCGUGAGCAGUGUGGAUGUGGUGGUUUCGGAGAGCGGUUGGCCGUCGGCUGGAAACGGAGACUUCACCACUCCGCAGCUUGCGCAAACUUAUAAUCAAAAUUUUGUGAAGAAGUUUCUUGCCAAGCAAGCAACUCCUAAGAGGCCAGACCACUACCUGGAAGGAUUCAUCUUUGCAAUGUUUAAUGAGGAUCAAAAGCCUCAGGGCGUGGAGCAAAAUUGGGGCUUAUUCUAUCCGGAUGGGACUCCGGUUUAUCCUGUAUUUUCGUAG